CAUUCAAACCAUCCACACACUGAGACAGCAAGGAAUUCACACACAUACACACAGACACACACACAUGCACAAAUAGAUAUAGACCUGCUCUAGUACAGACGGUUACAGACACACACAGAGGGGCUUCCCUUGUCAAGCCACUCAGACACUGUCUGUAGCAUUUUUUACCAAACACACACACACACACACACACAAGCAGCAGCUGUCAACAUGUUGUUGCCAAGAGCUUUGACCCUGUUCGUCCUGUGGGGUUUUGCGUCAUGUGUUCGGUAUCGGGCUGACUUUAACAUGAUGGGAGUCACUGGCUGGAUCAUCUUUAACUCCACAGAUCAGAAGUCCUAUGUUAGUCUCAUAGGAACUGGCACAUGUCGAUUAAAUAUCUCCCUCACUACGUUCCCAGUUAUGUACGGCCAUUUUGCUUCACCUUGUCAAAAAUCACAGAUAGGAGAUACUGUGUUCACAUUUACUGUAGAUCAGCCUCAGGCUGCUAUGAAUGUGUCCAGUCUGUUUGAACAGCGCAUUAGUCUGGAAGCCCUCUCAGUGCUGGUGGACACAUGCAAUGGCACAAAGAUUUGUGCUGGACUUACCUCGGAGUCCCAGGCAAGAACAUGGCGGGCACGGUUUUUCAGUUACGUGGCUGGAAACGUCUACAUCCGGCAAGGAACAGGAGAAACAGGGGCAAGGGUUCUCUCAGAUCUAAGAAAUGUCAAUCAGAUCAAGACUUUUCAAAAUGUCUCCAUUUUAGUGUCACAAAGCUCUGUCGCCAACUGCAAUGCGUUUCUCAGUAGUCUGGAUCCCAAGAGUCUUAUAAGGCUAGGUGUUGUCAGUGUGGGGUCACCUCUAGAACCUGUCAAGUCUCGAUUGGAAAUAUUCAAUCUAACUUCUAACGCUCGCUUCGCAGUUCUCAAUUUAAACUCAAGCUACAUUUGCUCAGAGAUCCGAAGCAUUACAUUUAAGGUAGUUAGUGCUGUUGUGAACAUGCAAGGGAUUAAAGGCUACUUUACCUUCUUUCAACCAUCUCCGUUCGAUCUCACCACCAUCAUUGUUAAUCUUACAAACCUGGACAAAAGAGUUGGCCCGUACCACAUUCAUCAGUUUCCCCUUCCCCAAAUGAGAUCUCCAUCAGAUAUCAGUUGCAGUAACAACAACCUUGGGGCUCACUGGAACCCUUUCAAUGUGAAUAUUCAAGCACCAGCUUAUCCGCCACCGAGAGGCUCCACUCACGAUCGCUUUGAAGUUGGAGAUCUGAGCUCCAGGCAUGGAUCUCUGGAGAAUUUGAAUAGUUUUCAAGCCACUCUCACGGACUGGAAUCUACCUCUCUUUGGACGGAAUAGCAUCGUGGGUCGCUCUGUCGUGAUACACAUGCCCAACUCCACCAGAUUUGCCUGUGCAAGUAUAGGCUACCCCGGCGAUGUGACUGUUGCCAAGGCUGCCUUUCGUGGUCUGGUCGUGGGGACGGUCCUCUUCACCCAACUUAGUGGUGACCCAUAUUCUGAUGUCUCCGUAUUCAUGGACCUAUCCUAUGGACAAUUUUCGGCACCUUCUACAGUGAAUCACAACUGGCACGUCCAUGACUAUCCCAUCAGUACAGAGACUGACAAUGACAAGGGAAGUUGUCUGUCCACCGGAGGACAUUGGAACCCAUUCAACAUAGACAUCACAGUAAGUACAUAUGCUGUAAACUGUGCUCCCGACAGCCCUUUCGCUUGUGAAGCUGGGGAUAUCUCUGGUAAGCACAAGACUUUGGACCUACAGUCUGAUGUGGGAGCGGUGGAAACCAAGAACUUUUUUACUGACACCACUUCUUGGGUGUCUGGAAUGAUUGGACGCUCUGUGGUGAUUCAUGGUCCAAACCAAACAGGUCCACGGAUCGCUUGUGCAAACUUAACCUUGUACCGUCUUCCCGCUGCUCGCUCAGAUUCUUGGCUUGGACCUGGGACCUCUGAAGGUCAAAUCAGAUUCUCCCAAACCUCUCCUCAAGGACCAACAAUCCUAAACGUCUCCUUUACUGGGCUUAAUGCGAGAGCCAGUGGCUACCACAUCCAUAUUCUUCCAACCAAGAGCACCCAGGAUCCUUGCUCAGAUGCUAACAUCAUGGGACACUUCAACCCGUUUUCUGUAAAAGCAGCCUCAUCUCCAGCUCCAGGGAAUGGCACGGUUGACCAGUAUGAAAUAGGAGACAUCAGUGGGAAGUUUGGAGAGCUGUCAGGGCAAAACAGCUUACAGAACCAGUACAUGGAUGGAAAUAUGCCACUUUCAGGACCGAACAGCAUAAUUGGCCGGUCUCUGGUCAUACAUUAUGCCAAUGGCUCAAGAAUGCGGUGUGCUGAUAUCACAGCAGAUGAGUCCCCAGAUGGAAACUGGGUGAUUGCCGAAGCCAUGUUCAGUGGUGCUGUAUCUGGGACAGUGAUGAUGUACCAGCUAACCUUUCCAGAUGGCAGCUAUGGUGACGCUAUGAUAGAAGUGGACGUGCGGGCAUCACAGACAUCAACUAUUGUAGAGGUGCCCUGGUACAUCUCAGAUAAGCCGGUGAAGCCAGAUGGUUCUUGUCCUGGUGAAGAAGAAAUGUUUAAUCCAUUCAGCAUGACAAAUAUGAACUGUUCUCAGGUCAGGGCCUUGUCCUGUUUGGUUGGAGAUCUGACAGGGAGACAUGGAUUGAUAAGUCUUACCAAGAGACAACUGUACAAUGACAUCCUGUUGCAGCUGGCCGGAGACUUCACAGUUAUCAAGAGGUCAUUAGUUCUCAAGCUCAAUAGCACCACAACAGUAUGUGCAGACAUUCACCCAGAAUCCACUUCUGCCACCCAGAUCUUCCCCAAUAUGACCUCCUUCAGCAGGUAUGAUUUCCGUAAGAGAGUGGCAGAUGUGUUGAACAUGGACAUAUCCAGAGUUUCCAUCUUACCUGGUUCUCCUUCACAAGCGUCUAAUGGGAAAUGCCAGAAGGUCAAUUAUCUGGUGUCAGGUCAGGUGAGCGACGAAAAGCUGAGCUUAGUUCUGAAAAGCGAUAAGAUGGGUGUUUUCAAGGAAUCAAGCAUAUGCUCUACAACUGGAAGCACAGGGAUGAUGCUGAUCCCCUGCAGGAUCUUACUGACUGCUACGUUGGCUUUUCUCUGUCUGCUCGGGUUACUGAGGCACUAGAUGGACCCGCAGAACCUGAUUGUACCAGGUCGAGAUGUUCCUGGUAUCGGUAUCUUUGUUGACCCUGGAACGAUAUUGUGGUUAGCCAAUCAGAUUUGAAGAACCGGUUUUUAUUUUUUGGCUUGUACAUCAGUGUCAUUCAUCUAUCCAUUUUCUUCUGGCUUUAAUGAUUACUCAUGGUUUAGGUGUAGGUAUAUGGUCAAGGCUAAUGUUCUGGAUUAAAAUGUUGUUCCGGGGUCAACAAUAUAUAUUGAGCUAGGAACACAUCUAACUCUGCAAAAUGAGGAUGUGCCGAUGGAGCCUACAAUGAUAUCGGAGCACUGCCUUUGCUUCAUUACCUGAAAAAACAAGCACAUGUUCAGCCGGAUCCAGGAGUACUUCAAACGAUCAAAUUUUAAAGAACACUGCUCAUUUUAUCAUGUUACACUUAUGAAAAAAUGAUAAGAUCUCCUGGAUGUUGCUGCUUUAUGGGUUUGGGGGUGUUGGGGGGUGAGGUGGGGGCUUUGUGUGUUUUUCCUCCAUUGUGGAUGUGCUGUGGUGUCACCCCUUCUGUUUUUGUGUGUUUUUUCCGCAUUUUAACUGAUGUUUUUGACAAAUUAUGUAACAGAAAUCAAUAUUUUUAUAGUCUCCCAUUCAUGCCUAUGGGUGAUUCGGGGACGUUAGAAUGUAUGUAUGUGUAUGUGUGUGUGUGUGUGUGUGUGUGUGAGAGAGCAUAAUCGCUCUACACUGUGAAUGUGUGGAAGGGUUGCCACUUCAUUUUUGCGUAUUUUACAGACUUCAUUGUGGUGGAUUUAGUGGUUUUGUUUGACAAAUUAAUUAAAAAAAAAAAAAAAAAAAAAGAUUUUAUUAUGUAACCUUUCAUUUCAAUGUGGACCCCAAACAUCCUGAGGGUGGCUUUUUUUCACACUGACCUACAACCAGAUGUAAAUCCAAUUCAAUCGUUUUACUUGUAGAGCUAGUCCCAUGGCAUUUUGAUAAAGGGAGCUUUGUUUUUUAUCUCAGCAAAUGUCAUUUGGGCCCAAAAAGACCCCAAACGAUCUUUAAUGUUAAUGGUGUUUCAAAGGGACUGACCCACAUGUAUUCAUUGUACAUUCCUCAAGAGCUUAAAACCUAAUACGUUAUUAUACUCCUUCCCUGUAUUUAUUUCUAUUUAGUGUAAAUUUGGUAUGAUGCAGUCCGUGUGAAUACAACACAACCAUUGUUUUCAUGCAACACGACUCUAUAAUUUGUUAUGUGUGUCUGUGAAAUGAAGUCUUACUGUUUUCUGUU